CCCAAAAGCAAAUGUCAGCCCAACCAAUAUAAUUGGUCUCUCUAUUCAUAAAUCCCACCGCCUCUUUAACACAGACUGAGUCAAUGCCCGAGUCGAACAACCCGCCGCCGUCCUGCAGCAUGCCGCUGGCUCUAAAAAUCACGGCGGUUGCUCUCGUAGCCACAGCCGUCGUCUUUUACAAACUCGACCCUUUCGACCCGGCUUCGCUGCCGGCGGAGGAGCUGAGUCGGGCGGUGGAAGCGGUGGAGGAGUGCAACGGUAGGAUGCUGCAGGGGGCGGAGAGGGUCGGGGUAGCGGAGCUGAAGGCACCGGAGGACUUUGCUUAUGACUCGGAUUUGGGACUCGUUUACACGGGAGAUUCGGAUGGGUGGUUGAAGCGAGUUAGAUUGAAUGACUCGGCGGUGGAGAAAUGGGCGUUCACCGGCGGCCGCCCUCUCGGUGUCGCUUUGGGACAUGACGGCUCUGUUUUUGUCGCCGACGCUGACAAGGGGCUGUUGAAGGUGAGCAAAGAGGGAGUGGUGGAGACCUUAACCACGGAGGCCGGCGGCCUAAAAUUCCAGCUGACCGACGGCGUCGAUGUGGCCGACGACGGCACGGUUUAUUUCACCGACGCUUCGUCUAAAUAUCGACUCCAUAAUUUCAUCUUCGAUAUGUUAGAAGGCAGGCCGCUUGGUCGACUCUUACGCUACGAUCCAACCACUAAAACCACCGAACUUCUCGUAGGAGACCUCUAUUUUGCCAAUGGCGUCGUGGUCGCUCCCAGCCAAGACUUCGUCGUCUUCUGCGAAACUCCGCUGAGAAGAUGUAGAAAAUAUUACAUUGCCGGAGAUCGCAAAGGAAGCAUUGAGAAAUUCGUAGAUAACUUACCAGGAACGCCAGACAACAUCAAAUAUGACGGCCAUGGUCAUUUUUGGAUUGGACUUGCGACGGAGAUGACGAGUUUUUGGUACCUUGCUCUGAAAUAUCCGGUGAUAAGGAAGAUAAUGGCGAUAACGAGGAGGCACGGGUGGCGGCCGAACUUGGAGAAGAACGGCGGCGCUGUGGCCGUGAAUCUUGAAGGGAAACAAGUUGGUUGGUAUUAUGAUUACGGAUUGUCGAUGAUAACCACCGGAUUGAAGAUUAAAAACCAUCUCUACUGUGGAUCUUUCGUGUUUCCCGGCAUUCUUCGCCUGAAUUUGGACCGGUAUCCUGCUCGAACCGCCGGUUGCCCAUGGUCCAACUCUGGUGACCUGUAAGAAAAUGACACGUACCGACCAUUUAUGUUCUACAUAAAUAAUAAUUAAUAAUAACAGUAAUUUUUAA